AUGGAUCACGCGCGAUCGACUAACGGCGAGGACAAUGCGACGGGAAUUCCGGACGACUUGCGGUGCAAGAGGUCAGACGGCAAGCAGUGGCGGUGCACGGCCAUGUCGAUGCCGGACAAGACGGUGUGCGAGAAACACUACAUCCAGGCCAAGAAGCGCGCCGCGAAUUCCGCAAUGAGGGCCAACCUGAAGAAGGCCAAGAGGAAGUCGCUGUCGCUCAACGAGUCUGAUGCUUAUUUGGAGAGUAAGAGCGACGAUUUUGACGUUCCUCUCUCCGCCAUAAGCCUUUCGCAGAAGAAGCUCUCGAAGAACCAGUUUCGUUACACACCCGAGCGUGACGCGCGAAGAGGCUCCUCUGCGAGACAAGCUCAUGACGAGGUGGAUGUGGAUGUGGAAGCGGACGCGGAUGCGGAUGCGGAUGCUGAUGCUGACGCUGAUGUGGCGCUCUAUGAAGAAGACAAUUGGGUCCCCUAUGACUCUCCGCCGGACUCCUCGCGCAAGAGAUCGCGAAGGAGCUUGGAUGCUAAUGCCACCACUGAAUAUUCCGACGGAACCUCUGGUUCUUCUGAAGACACCGGCGGGCAGACUUGUCAUCAGUGCCGGAGGAGUGACCGAGAUAGAGUUACUUGGUGCUUAAAAUGUGAUAGGAGGGGAUAUUGUGAUAGCUGUAUAUCAUCAUGGUACUCGGACAUUUCGUUGGAUGAAAUUCAGAGGACAUGUCCUGCUUGCCGUGGUAUAUGUAAUUGCAAGACUUGCUUGCGGAGUGAUAAUUCUAUCAAGGUUCGGAUACGUGAGAUACCUGUUCUGGAUAAGUUACAGUAUCUCCAUGUGUUGCUAUCUUCGGUGCUUCCUGUGGUAAAGCAGAUCCACCGUGAGCAGUGUUUUGAAGUGGAACUUGAAAAGAAGUUGCGUGAUCUUCGAGAAGCAACUGCAGAUGGCAACAAAGAACCCCAGACAGAGCUAGCAAAAGCUUCUGAUCAAAAUAUAAUAAGUAAAUUUCCUCAUUGGAGGUCCAAUGACAAUGGAAGUAUUCCAUGUCCCCCUAAGGAGUAUGGUGGCUGUGGUCAUUGUUCAUUAAAUUUAAGCCGAAUUUUCAAGAUGAAUUGGGUAGCAAAGUUGGUGAAAAAUGUUGAGGAAAUGGUUAGUGGCUGCAGGAUUAGUAACACUGAUGGUCCACCAGAAAUGGGCCUGAAUGAUCUCAGUCUCUGCCAAUAUUCUCGUAGAGAAGCCAGUGAUGAUAAUUUUCUUUAUUGUCCAGCAUCUGACGAUAUCAAAACUGAUGGGAUUGGAAAUUUCAGAAAGCAUUGGAAAAAUGGUGAGCCUGUUAUUGUUAAGCAUGUAUUUGAUGGGUCAUCCGUUUCAAGUUGGGAUCCAAUGGUCAUAUGGAGGGGGAUUCUAGAGACAACAGAUGAGAAAGCAAAAGAUGAAAACAGAAUGGUUAAGGCCAUAGAUUGCUUAGAUGGAUCUGAGAUUGAUAUUGAGCUUGCUCAGUUCAUGAAAGGAUACUUGGAAGGGUGUGUUCAUGAAAAUGGUUGGCCACAGUUGUUGAAAUUGAAAGAUUGGCCUUCACCUAGUGCAUCUGAAGAGUUUCUAUUGUACCAAAGACCUGAGUUUAUCAGCAAACUACCUUUACUUCAGUAUAUUCACUCCAAGUGGGGCCUUCUCAAUGUUGCAGCUAAAUUGCCUCAUUACUCCUUGCAGAAUGACGUAGGACCCAAGAUUUAUAUAGCUUAUGGAAUUAGUGAUGAACUUGGAAGAGGUGAUUCAGUGACAAAUCUCCAUUUCAAUAUUCGUGACAUGGUGUACCUUUUGGUUCAUACAAAUGAAGUAAAGUUGAAGGCCUGGCAGAGAACUAAAAUUGAAAUUAUACAAAACGCUAAAGCUUAUGAAGAAUCUGAGGCAAAAGAGUCGCAUGGGGAUCCUCAAAUAUUUUCAAGGGGGAGUUCACCUGAUUCAUCACUUGGUACAAAAAGUAGUGGACUGGAUGUGGAUUCAAACCAGAAUAAGUCAACUAUGGAUCAAGGGUUUGAAAUUUAUUCUAGUGCUGAAGGUAAUAUUGUCAAUUGUAAGCUCCCAUUCACACAAAAUGGAGAUGUCUCUGCAAAAACACAUCCUGGAGUUCUUUGGGAUGUUUUUCGACGGCAGGAUGUUCCAAUAUUGACUAAAUAUUUGCAAAUACAUUGGAAGGAAUUUGGGAAGUCAGAUGAUGUGGGAAAUGAAUUUGUUGCAUGGCCUCUUUAUGGUGGAGCUAUUUUUCUUGACAAACACCAUAAAAGAAAGUUGAAGGAAGAAUUUGGAGUGGAGCCUUGGUCAUUCGAACAGAAUUUGGGGGAAGCUAUAUUUGUUCCUGCUGGUUGCCCUUUCCAAGCAAGGAAUGUUCAAUCCAAUGUUCAGCUGGGCCUUGAUUUCUUAUCUCCGGAAAGCCUGGGGGAUGCUGUAAGAUUGACAGAAGAAAUUCGCUGUCUACCUAAUGAACAUGAAUCAAAGGUUCAAGUAUUGGAGGUUGGCAAGAUAUCUCUUUAUGCAGCAAGUUCUGCCAUCAAAGAAGUUCAGAAACUUGUACUUGACCCAAAACUUGGCGCCGAGAUUGGAUAUGGAGACCCCAAUUUGACUGCAAUGGUUUCUGAGAAUUAUGAGAAGAUGGUUAAGCGGAGGCAGAUUACUUGUGCUUGA